UGCACGUCGCACUAGAAAAGCGCAUCAUUUGCGCACGUCCACGGUUUCCACACUCAGGUGUGUGAGAUACAGUUCAUGUCGGAUAGAGCCAUGCUUGUGAUACUAAAGGACAUAUUUAUCAGCUGAAAGUCGAUAAGCAGCUUCAAGUGACUUGAACAGAGCAUCAUGGGAGGAGUGGUGGUGGAUGAUGGAGGUGGUGGGGUGAAGGCCCCUGAUGGAGGAUGGAGCUGGGCUGUGCUCUUUGGCUGCUUCAUUAUCACUGGCUUUUCCUAUGCUUUUCCUAAAGCUGUCAGCGUCUUCUUUAAAGAGCUGAUUCGUGAGUUUGGUGUGGGCUACAGUGACACUGCCUGGAUCUCUUCGAUUCUGCUGGCAAUGCUCUAUGGUUCAGGUCCCCUGUGUAGUGUUUUAGUAAAUCGCUUUGGGUGUCGCCCUGUGAUGAUGGUGGGUGGCCUCUUUGCUUCUCUUGGCAUGAUCUUGGCGUCUUUUGCCAGCAACAUUUUUCAUAUCUAUCUCAGCACUGGAGUCAUCACGGGUUUGGGUCUGGCCUUGAAUUUCCAGCCUUCACUCAUCAUGCUGAAUAGAUACUUCAGUGAAAAAAGACCCUUGGCCAACGGACUGGCUGCAGCUGGGAGUCCCGUUGCACUGUGCUGUUUAUCUCCCCUGGGCCAAGUUCUUCAGUAUAAGUAUGGCUGGCGUGGUGGCUUCCUCAUCCUCGGAGGCAUACUGCUUAACUGCUGUGCAUGUGCAGCCCUCAUGAGGCCAUUGGUGGCACCAAAGAGGAAAGAUGACCAGGAAGCAGCAAAAGGAAUGAUGGAAAAGCCAAAACCAAAGUCCAAGUUGCUGGACUUCAGUGUCUUUAAAGACCGAGGGUUUGUCAUCUACACCAUUGCAGCAGCUAUUAUGGUGUUAGGGCUGUUUGUGCCACCAGUAUUUGUAGUUAGCUAUGCAAAAGAGCUGGGCAAUGAAGACACCAAGUCUGCACUUCUGCUCACCAUUCUUGGCUUUGUCGAUAUCUUUGCUAGACCUACAUGUGGUAUUAUUGCUGGACUGAAGUGGGUGCGCCCACGUUGUGUUUACUUCUUCAGCUUUGCUAUGAUCUUUAAUGGUACCACCGAUAUUAUAGGGUCCAUGUCAAAGGACUACACGGCACUUGUAAUUUUCUGUAUUUUCUUCGGUGUCUCCUAUGGAAUGGUGGGAGCCUUGCAGUUUGAGGUCCUAAUGGCCAUUGUGGGAACAGAAAAGUUCUCCAGUGCAAUCGGCCUGGUGCUCCUGGUCGAGGCCAUUGCUGUGCUAGUGGGGCCACCUGGUGCAGGUCGGCUCCUGGAUGCCACCAAGGUCUACAUGUACGUGUUCCUGCUAGCAGGCUGUGAGGUGGUCCUCUCAGCUCUCGUACUUUGCAUCUGCAACCUGCUUUUUAUCAAGAAAACACCUCAGCAGCCUGACUCCUCUGCCAAGAUGGAGAUGGCUGUGACAGAGACUGAGCUGGAGCAGUUUAACAGAGUUUCUCAGGAUGAAGAGGAUCAAGGUGGGAAGAAAGAACCGGAGCCCAGUGAUGUACAGGCAGGAGAGCAGAGUAUAAAUCCAGAGGUGGAAGCCCAGAAAGGGACCACUGAGGACCCUGACAAGCCAGAAACGGCAAGUCAAGAUGCACUUCAGGUUGAGUCUGUAGAUCUUGAGAAGCCUUCUGAAGCAGUGACCAAAGCGAAUGGCGGUGCAAUGGAACCUGAAAGUUCUCUGUGAUCUCGGUACUGUGAGAUAGUCUUGGACUGUUUGCAAAAGAAAGAACUUGAUGUUUUACGUGUUUGCUUUGGAUGUCUUGUGUGCUUUCUGUACUGCACUGAUCAAUGUCUUGUGAUUUACAGAUACGUUUAGUGUUUGAAUUUCAAAGACAUUUAGAACACAUUAUCCUUUUACAACCUUGUACAGUGAUGAGCCAAAAGUGGGUUUAUGCACCCAUAUAAAAACAAAGGCUGUGUUCCUAACAGAAAUACUACCACAAAUUUAAAGUAAGCUACUGUAUGUGGACAAGGAUACGAAACAGGCAUACUAAUAAAGUAUUUUGGAUUUUAAAAUUACUCUUAAUGGUUGUUCGAUUAAAAUUGUCCUACAGUGAAACAGCAACUCGGUCAUUAAGUAAUCAAUAUCUAGGGAAGUAUUAAAUGGUGCAGUGUUAUUUAAAGGACCUGCCCAGAUUACGAAGUGUGCAGCACAGAGAUGUAUUUUAGAUUUGUUACCAAACCAACAGCCAGUAAAUAUUCAUAACCAUUAUUGUGAACAUGCUUGAUCUCAAUUGUAGUGUUGGCUACUGUGUAAAGUGUUCAUUGUCUUUUCAAGCUUGGUGUAAAGGAGUAUUUGUGGCAUAGGUCUGUAAACGUUACGCAAAUUGAGCUGCUUCAAGUUACCCACAGUCAAAUGUAUAACUGUCUCUGUAUUGGAGACCCAUUGAAAUGCGCACACUUAAUUUUCAGUGUUUUGUCAGUGAAGUUUUUAAAAUGGGGUCCUUGUGCUUGAUUGUAAUACUUCAAAGUGGCAGUGUAGUGCAACUUCAGUAGUCUACUGGGUGAUGUAUCUCUAGUGCAGUCCCCCCCAAAAUCACACUGGUUUUUACUCCUAAGCUCAUUUAACAAGUCAUUUGUGAGCUAAAUUGGGUGUUUUAGCAAUAAAACCAAACAUUUUUGGGUUUAUCCAGUGUUAAACACUGGUCUGAACAAGUAGAGCAGAUGAGGUUGAAUGAAUUUGGAUGAAUGAUGAAAUGAAGUCGCUGACACUGCCAUUGAUUUUAAUGUUGUAGCUUUAGUUAGUCUGCUUUAUAUUUUUCACUACUUAUCAUAGUUUUGUAGUUCUUGUUGCUAGAUAUUUGCUGCUAGCAACAAUAGUUGCUAUUUUUAGAUAUGUAUAAUGUUUUUUUUUGUUUUGUUUUUUUUUCUUAAAUACAUUUGGAUGUUUCGUUUCUAGUGAAAACAUGUUCAACAUUUUAAAGGUUGCACUGUUCAUGACUACCUAUCCAGCAUCUUGUUUUUGGUCAGUAAUAAGACUUCUGUUACAAGUUUCUUUCGUGAACCAGCAGAGUGUAUAGGGUGCUCUUUGAUGGUUUAAAAUACUUGAGAUUUGGCUGUGCCUUAAACCUGGAAUGACGUUACAGAAAACACACAAAGUAGAAUAUUUUAAGUCUUCACUUUUUUUUGUCCAAGAUGCUGUCUAUUUCUGUAAGUUGAUGAAUAAAGUUCUUAACUGAAAGCAAACAAA